CUCGACCUUCACUUGAACACUGGACAACAUUCCUAUUUAUUUCCUUACCUUUCUCUCUUUCAUUAGUGAUAUUCAAAUCAAAUCUAAUAUACCAGCCAUGGCUAUCUACCAAUCUCCUAUUCCAGACCAAGUCAUCCCUCAGACCAAUGCUUAUUCCUUUGCUGUCUCCAACCCAAACAGCAUGAAGGAUUCGCAUCCAAUCCUUACAGAUGCUCUGACAAAGAGAGUCAUCACUUUCGGCGAGUGGAAGCGUGAUACCCGCCGUUGGGCCACUGGUCUCCAGUCUCUUGGCUUCAAGCGUGGCGAUGUCGUGGCACUCUUUUCAUUCAACCAAGUCGACUACUCCAUCACUAUGUUUGGCCCAAUCCUUCUUGGAGGUAUCGCCACCACUGUCAAUUCAGCCUACACUGCAGAUGAGCUGGCUUUCCAGCUCAAGGACUCAGAUGCGUCGGUCAUUGUCACACACCCUGAACUACUUCCUGUGGCUAUUGAGGGAGCCAAGAAGGUUGGCCUUCCCCUCAGUAAGGUCUUUUUGUACGGCAACAAAGAAGUCGAUGGCUUCAAACCUUAUAGUGCUACCUUCCCUCCAGAAAACAUAGCUGAGGACCUGUUGGCCCCUGUGGAGGAUCUGAACGGCCAGGCUGCUAUUGAAAGCAUUGCAGUGAUUUGCUACUCCAGUGGCACCACUGGUAAGAGCAAAGGCGUAGAAUUGACGCACUUUAACCUGAUUUCCAAUAUCAUGCAAAUCGCAUCGGUAGAGAGAGGUAUCGACAUGCUGAAAGUCACCGCCUUGGCAGUAGUACCGAUGUAUCACGUUUAUGGUAUUCAAUUCCACAUCAUACAUGGUGUCUAUAAUGGCGUCAAGACCGUUGUCCUUCAAAAGUUUAAUCCAGUUGACUUCCUGAAAGCUAUUCAGGAAUACAAGAUCGUGUCUCUCAACUUGGUACCACCUCAGAUUCUUAUGCUGGUGAAAGCACCUAUUGUCGAUCAGUAUGAUCUCUCAAGCCUCCGUUUUAUCACGUCUGGUGCUGCUCCUUGCUCGCGUGAAUUGAGCAUGACUCUCUUAAAGAAGUUCCCCAAAAUCCAGCUUCGCCAAGGGUAUGGGAUGUCAGAGUUGUCCUCUGUCUCGCACCUAGGACUAUAUAACAGGGCUAUUCAUGGCACCGUUGGACAUGUGUUACCUAAUCAAGAGAUUCGAUUGAUAGAUCCUGAGACGGGAAAAGAUGUCGGGGUAGGAGAGCGCGGAGAAAUUUGGGUACGUGGACCAAACGUCAUGAAGGGCUAUCGCAACAAUGUCAAAGCGACCAAGGACACAAUCGACUCUGAGGGAUGGCUACACACUGGAGAUAUUGCUACUGUGGAUAUGGAUGGGAACUUUUUCAUUGUAGACCGUCUGAAGGAGCUUAUCAAGUAUAAAGGGUUCCAGGUGGCGCCUGCAGAGCUGGAAGCUUUAUUGUUGGAUCAUCCGCUGAUUAUAGAUGCAGCAGUUAGUGGUAUCGAGAACAAGGAGCAAGCAACAGAAGUGCCUCUUGCAUUUGUAGUGAAAGCACCUGGUGAAGGCCAAGCCUUAACAGAAAAGGAUAUCCAAGACUAUGUGGCCUCGAACGUCGCAGCACAUAAGAAGCUGCGUGGCGGUGUCCGCUUUAUUGAGGUAAUCCCCAAGUCUGCAGCAGGCAAGAUCCUCCGGAGGGAACUUCGGGUGCUUUUGCAGGAGCCUAUCAUGGCUAAGCUUUGAAUGGAAUAUAGAAAGGGGUGGCAAGGAUGGUGAAGUUAUAACUAAAGAGCCUUG